AUGGCAGAGGUUGGUUUGAGUGUACUAGGAAAGAUUGCAGAGUUGCUGAUGGAGCCAAUUCAACGAGAACUUGGCUAUCUCUUCUGUUUCAACAAUAACUUUCAAGAGCUCCAAACUCAACUAGAAAAACUAAUAGCAAUGAAAAACGAUGUACAAGCAAGGGAAGAUGCAGAAAUAAGGAAGCGGAACACCCUGGGUGAAUCCGUCAAGUUGUGGAUUGUGAAUGCAGAUGGAAUAGUUGUAGAAACAGAGAGCCUUCUCAAUGAGAAGGCCGAGGUUCAGAAAGGGUGUUUCUCUAUCAAAUGGUGUCCUAAUAUAAUCUUGCGCUUUUCUUUGGGCAGGAAGGGGAAGAAGUUAUCUCUCGUUCUCAUCGAGCUUCUUCAAUCCGGUGGUGAGUUGCCACACACGGGUCACGUCUUAACCAUGCCACCCAUAAAUAUGCGCGAUUACAAUGGAGAUGCUUGUGAUUUCGACAGCCGAAGUCAGAUCGUGGAAGACAUCAUUGAGAAGUUACGGAACGAAAAGACAAUGUUAAUAGGGAUAUGCGGAAUGGGAGGGAUUGGAAAGACCACUCUCGCUAAGCAAGCUCUCCAAAAGGUACAAGACUUCCAUAAGCCUUUAUUUACUAUUCAAGUUAUUACUACUGUCUCUAGUAGUCCCAAUUUCAAUACUAUCCAACAAGAAGUCGAAGAGAUGUUAGGGUUUUCCCUUAAGGACGUUGAUAGUCUUACAAUUAAUAAAAGCAAAAGUGUGGCAUUUUAUGGAGGAGUGAAGGACGAAAAAAAGUAUGACAUAUUCAACAUCAUUGGUAUUACGGAAGGCAGCUUUCCCGUAAGCGAAGAAACUUCCUCAUGUAGGAAGCAUCGAGCUUAUCAAAACCGUAGUCAUGGGCAUAAUUGGAUACCGAGCGCAGUAGAUGGUCAUUUCGAAGAAGGUAAUGAAGGAGUUAAACACGCUAAUGAGGAAAUUCAUCUAGGGCAGUAG